CAGACAACCAUGAUUGUCUUCCCGCCGGGUCUGACGGAAGAAGAGGAAGCUCUGCAGAAAAAAUUUGCCAAACUCAAGAAAAAGAAAAAAGCCCUCUUGGCCUUAAAGAAACAGCAGAGCUCCACCAGUCAAGCCAGCCAGGGAGGAAUUAAACGCUCCAUCUCGGACCAGCUGGUUGUAGACACGGCCACCGCGACGGAGCAGGCCAAGAUGCUCGUGAAAACCGGGGCGAUCAGUGCCAUUAAAGCCGAGAACAAGAACUCCGGGUUCAAGCGCUCUCGCACUCUGGAGGGAAAGCUGAAGGAUCCUGAGAAAGGGCCCACCCUGACGUUCCAGCCUUUCCAGCGGAGCAUCUCAGCAGAUGAUGAUUCUCAAGAGUCACGGCGUCCCCAGAGGAAACCUCUGUACAAAAGCUUCGUGAGCUCCAGCAAACUGCUGCGGGAUCCAGAAAAGGAUCCAGAACCCAUCAGGGAUCCAGAGAAGGAGUCCGACCCGAGCGAGAACCUGCGCAGUUUCGAGCAGGAUUACGACCGGGAUCGCAGCCGGGAGAGGAGCAGGGAUAGCGAGAGGGACCAAGAUACGGAACGGGACAGAGACCGGGACCGGGAGAGAGACCGAGAGCGUGAUCGUGAUCGUGACACAGACGACAGCUUCCGCUGUUCGGAUUCUUUCCCAGAGCGACGGGCUCCACGCAAAGGGAAUACGGUGUACGUGUCCGGGGCGGACAUGAGUCAGACCAUGCUGACCACGGCUUUUUCUGCUUUUGGGAACAUCAUUGACCUCUCCAUGGACAACCCCCGCAACUGUGCAUUCAUCACCUUUGAGAAGAUGGAGUCCGCCGAUCAGGCCAUCACCAAGCUCAACAAUGCCGUCGUGGAGGACGUGCAGCUGAAGGUCAGCAUCGCGCGAAAACAGCCCAUGUUGGACGUCGCCACCGACAAGUUGCUCUGGGGAUCGCUAGCUGUGAAGAACAGUAUCAAUGGGGCCCAUCGUGACAAGCGGUCCCAGGUGGUCUACAGUGAGGUCAUCUUCUGA